AUGUCUCACGAGGAAAAAAUUUCAACCAAAUGUGCAGAGGAAAUGUCUUACUACCAAAAAGUCAGAGAAAAAGCUUUCACCCGCCCACUCAAAAUCUCAAAAAAUGAAUUUUCAAGCUUACUAUCGGCAAAAAAUAAAAAACACAAAGCUAGAAAUUGAACUAACUGUUUUACGUGGGAGAAUUGAGUGAUUGACCUAGGUAUUGCCUGUAAGAUUUGCUAG